AUGGUCUUCCGUAUCCUCGUGGCGUCGUACACCAACGAUAUCACUACCCUGGCGUUCGAUCUCUCGACACCGUCGUUGGAAGUAACUUCCAGCCUCACGAUUGGCCACCAUCCUUCGUGGAUCACUUCGAAUCCAAACCACCCUUCGUUAGUCUGGACUGGCUUGGAGCAAUCGGAUGGACGGAUACUAGCUCUUGGUGUUGAUAAGCAUGGGAAAGGGAAAGUUGUCGCUGAGACAUCGAGCGCUGGUCGCGACCCAUGUUCAUUGCUCGCGUUGAAGGAGGAGCUUCUAAUAGCCAAUUACUCAUCUGGCGUAGUUGCGACUCUGCCAUUGCCCGCAACAUCCCAAGAGAGACCUCAUUUUCUCUCACCUCCCACGACAAUUCAGUUUCGCGGUACCGGGCCGAACAAGUUGAGACAAGAAAGCUCUCACCCCCAUCAAGUCUAUCUUAUCGAGGAAUACCAAGAACUUCUUGUGGCCGACUUGGGAGGAGAUGCUGUUUAUCGAUUGAAGAAAUCGCCUGACGGAUUAUGGAAAGUCCAAGGCCAUAUUGGAUUCGAAGCCGGUGGAGGUCCCCGCCAUGUGGUGUUCCAUGACGGUGAACUAUUCACAUUACUCGAGCUGACAAGCAAGGUCGUCCGACACAAACUCCCUCCUUUGCCCGCCGUUCCUAAAUUCGUCACCUCAACCCCUACAAUGACCAGCCCCCUUCCAACACCCAACGACAUGCUCGCCGCCGAGAUCCUGAUCCCACGACCAAAUGCGUCCUUCCCGACCCCUUAUCUGUACCUCUCCAAUCGAAAUGAUCCGUCGCCCGAAGGUGAUAUCAUAUCUAUUUUCUCUAUCGAGAACCCCAACAGUCUCGAGUUCGUGGCUGAGAUACGGAGCGGGCUGGAGCACCUCCGCGGGAUGAUCUUCGGUGGCCCCGACGACAGGUUCCUCGUCGCGGGUGGCGCGAACGGGGGCGGCGUGAAGAUCUUCGAACGGAUCAACGACGGAAGGUCUCUAAGGUUUGUCGCAUCCAACGCCUCCGUCGAAGCGCCGACGGGCUUUUUGUGGCUAUAG